AUGGCUGAAUUAAUUAAUGAGCAAGAACAAAUACAUUCUGAAAAUGAUGAUGAAAUUCCCGAAGAAGAAGAAGAAGUAGAAGGUGCAACAAAUGUUAAGAAUCUCGAAGGUGCAACAAAUGUUGAGGAUGUCGAGGAAGAAGAAGAUAACAUUGCUGAUGAUGAUGAUUAUGAUGGCGAUAUAGAACAAGACGAAAAUAAUGAAGAAAUCAAUAAUGAAACAUGUGCUUUAUUUUUAAAACAAAUUUGGGAUGCACAACGAAAUUGUAUUCAAAAACGUAAACAAGAUCGAUUUUUACCGUUAACUAAAAAAUUUAUAAAUUCUGGUUUUAUAAAAAGAGAAAAAAUGCUUAAUGAUAAUCCACAAUUAAUUAAACAUAUGAUUUAUUUAUGUCGUAAUAUAGCAAAUGGUAAAAUACCCACGGAUAUAUCAAGUGUUGAUAAAGCAUUAUUUUCAUACAUUUCCGAUAGAACUACACCCCGAGAGGACGUGCAUUUACGUAUACUUGAAGAAUUUUCAGUUUAA